AUGUUCAGAGAAUUAACUGACACAACUAGUCCCACGGAUGAUGAGCUACAUCUCCAUCAUGAAUCUACCAACAAUGAGACAGAGACAAUGAACUCCCACGUAAAAAGCAUAAUAAGGCUCAUAACCGAAGCUGAAAAUCCCUUCAAGAAGGCUGUUGUGAAAGAACUAAGUUUUAUAGCAACAAUCACACAAGUGACAAUGGCUAAUGCAACAAACAACACUGACGGUUUCAAUGCAACAAACGACAUUGACGGUUUUUGGGCUGUAGGCCCGUUAUCCAUGCUUACUGGAAAUGUCAAUUUACUAACAUCUUAUCGACGUGCUACGCCACUCAGCAAUCUCUUUCGCAACUACCCUUCUAUGGACCAGGUUAUGGGCUUCAAACCUCUGUUUAAUUUCACCAUCGGCUAUACAGGGAUGUGGACUGUGAGUCUUAUUACUAACACAUUGAGACUUCAACAUGAACAGUUUUUGGGAGGAAUUAUAACUGCCAUCAAUCAUAUCCGAGAAAACAACACCAAUGAUCCCACUGUUACCUUCAACUACUCUAUCCUAAUGGGCCUUCUGGUGAAGUCACAUAGCCAGGUCAAACUUUUUGAAUCCAGUUUUGAUGCUCUAUCGGCCUCCUUGCAAGUUCAGAAUGCCAACUCAGAGGACAAGAUCUACUUUUUAGUUCAAGAAAUGGGGGGCAAGGCACCACCAGAGAGCACUGGAGCUAGAAUUAUUUAUGGACUAAAUUUGGACAGCGUUGGCGUUAUGGGCGUUCAGCUAGCCACAGAGUUUCACGCUAAUGACCCGAAUGUCAUCUUAGGCUUUCCUCGGGAUAUCACCAACGGUAGGAAAACUCACGAUAUUGCGAAUGUUUAUACUGCUUUCGGCGUAAAGACACUCCAGACGUUCACGACCAAGAACAACGUACACAUAUUGGAAAUGCUGAACCUGGCGAGAGAAGAUCAACGACUCUGGGGAGAACAGUUUUCACAUUGCCACGAUUAUUACCCAGUCACUUGUCAAGGCCUCAACGCAGAGGACAGGAAGAUCUGCGCCCCUCAAUGUCCAAUUACCACCGUUAGCCUUUUAUCCGAAGAGGCUUGGCCAGCACAUUCUGUCGAGGCAGCCAGACGGCAACUGAUGUCGGCCAGAUCGGCUGUCACCCUCCUUGCUGACAAGCAAUACUGCAUCAUAUUGUUGUAAAGACUGUUCAAAGCAAGUUAAUCAUUUCAAAACUUCUUUCAGGUGUGAGGUCGAAGUUAUUCUGAGCAGGGGGGGAUUUAUGACCCAAAUGCAGUUCCCAGUGUAGACAAUGUACAGGCUUUGUUUGACUAAUAUUUUGAACAUCUUCAGUCUAGAUAGAGACAUCAAUUUAGAAGAAAAGGCCCUGAAGAUCAAGUUGGGAAAGAUUGCCUCAAACAAUAUGGGUUCGGAUUGGCUACUCUUAUGAGUAAAACUUAAACAUAUUUUAGACAAUGUCUUGAAGAUGAAGGGUGAUGGCAGGUGCCUAUUUCGUGCAUUAGAUCCAGGCAAAAAAAUGUUUAUGGGAAUGCAGAGACCAUAGAGGCUGAUUUCAUUAGACAACGUGUAGUAGAUCACUACUAUAAGAUCAAGGAUGAGUUGCUUACUAUGAAAUCUGAAUUUGGGGCCAUUCCAUGAUAUGAAUUAGUAAAAUCGAAUCUC